AUGGCAGAACAAGACUGCCCGAACGGCUGCCUGACGCCCGACAAGUUCGUUGACAUGUACAAGAUGUUCUUCCCCUCCGGCAACGCUGAGGAAUUCUGCGACCAUGUCUUCCGUACCUUCGAUAUGGACAAGAACGGAUAUAUUGAUUUUAAGAAGAUAGUCCAGGCAAUCUACGACAUGCUGGGCAGCAACAGCGCUAACAGACCAGCAGACAGCGCUGAGGAGCGCGCUAAGGCAAUCUUCAGCAAGAUGGACGAGAAUAAUGACGGCAACCUCACGCAGGAAGAGUUCCUUAAAGGAUGCUUGCUUGAUGAGGAACUCAGCAAAAUGCUCACGCCUGGGGCUUAAUUGCGCUUAUUGAACCCAUGUUACAGGGGCUUGAUGAACCGAUGUUCCAUGGGCUUCAUAACCCUAUAUUCCAAGGGCUCAUUGCUUAGUCGACAUGCCUAGAAGAAGCGAUCCUAAUGCUCACAUCACGGGCUUAAUAAAGCUUUAUUCCAUGGGCUCAUUGAUUUGUAAGAGGAAAUAUUUGUGUGAGGAGGUAGGGUUCGAUUGGAAAGAUGAUUGUUGUUCUGCCGAAACCUUGGAGUUUUAAGUACGGUUGGUUGUCGCAAGUUGGAUGUUCUGUCACUAUCGUCCGAUUGGGAAGAAGGUUUAGUUAUCAAUGAGACGGAUCGUUAAGAGAAAGCUGUGAUGCUUGUUCUUAUUUUUAAGAUGUACUGACAUUAUAGGAACGAUCGUACGUGAAUGACACGUAGAUAUUGCACGUAAACAAACGAUGUCACAUCUCACUGUAUUGUUCCGUUGAUAGUUUAAACUAAAUGCGCUGGCGUUUUCAUCCUUCCUUUAGAUUCCUGGAGAACAACUUCGAAGUAAAUGUAUGUAUGAGAGUUGAUGCGAGUUACGUUUAAUAUCGGAAAGAUUAGUUAUGGAAUUUGGUGUGGCUCCGAAAUACGUUUUGCAUUGUAAACCAUUCGUGGAUGAGAACACCGGAACGCUCGAAUCUAAUUCGAUGGUACAAUACCAAUUUAUGGAAUUUUUCUCAGAACAAAGUCGUCAGAAAAUCAUAGUUAAUGUGGCGAUAGAAUGAGUGCGUGAUGAGGCCAACGGUAGGACUUGUUACACUGUGGAAAGACGCUCGCGGUAUUGCCGGAAAUAAGAUUAACAAGCAGUGAAUUAAGAAUGAAGAAUGACUUAUUAUGUUGGUAAUAAAAAGAAAUAAUGACUUAUUAUGUUGGUAAUGAAGAGAAAUAAAGACUUAUUAUGUUGGUAAUGAAGAGACCUCGCCGGCGUUGCUUGGAACGAGGAUGGGAGCGUUAAGUUUGAAGGACAUGAUCGUCGCGUUGUAGAGUAUAAGUUAAGGUUUACUGUUAAGGAUGAGCUACUGCAACACAAUCAUUCUUGAUGUAUCAUGUAGCGCAUUGAAAGCUAGCUCUUCGAUUGCAAUGUCUCUGCUGCCUCGGUCGACGAAAUCCUUCCUGCGUGCAAACUUUCUGACAGGCCUCAACUUGGACUCUUGGAGAACUCCGCUCCUGAGUUUCUUGUGAUUACUUAUAUUAUUUGUAAGUAUUUCAUUGGCAAAGCACCAUUCUCUCUACCCUUACUAUUUACUAUACAAAAGACCGCAAGUACAUCUCACUGUGCGAUUCUAUUCGUAUUAUAUUGACCAGAUCUGCUUUGGAUGAGAGCAAGAACAGCGAUUCUCGGCCUGGCUUAGGAAAUGUUCAAGCUUAGAGCUGUCAUCGUACUGCAUCUUUUUUCGACUCAUGUUCAUUGUAGGAACCAUUGACGGCUACAGGAAAUGGCUGUAGUAUGCAUGUAGCACUGUACGGAGCUGCAGUGUAGCGCCGUGCACUGUACGGCGCUGCAGUAUGGCACAGCUUACUUCAUUACCGCUCUCUUAUGUAGUUACAGGCUUAUCUUUAUCUUGUAUUUUUAGACAUUUUACUGUGGUAAACUAUUGGGAAAAACUUAUAUUCUAAGUCGCACCUCAAACGAUAGCUAUUCAACUUGCUGAUGAAUAAUUGACACGAAGCACGUGAGUCACUUCAUGUAUUCAACGUUCGUUUCUCCACAAUCAAUUUGAUCUUCAGUUUAACUUUUCUUGUUGAAAUGCUUGAAACAGAAUAGGCUCUUCUAGAAAUGUAAUGCUGAUAUAUUUUUCUUUCGAUAGUUCAACAGCUGGCGAUGAAAUUCCGCUGUGUUCUGUACCUGUACGCUAGAUAGCAUUUGAAUCUAUUGAUCCGAUAACAAUAACAUGAAAAGCGAAGAAGCUCCAUAACAUAACACAAUGUCACUAUUGCACAUUCUGCAUUCACAAUACAAUGUCACUAUUGUUCAUUCUGGAACAUUGUUACUAUUCAGGCACCUCAUGCAAGACGCGUAGUGCUUGUAAUUAAUACCUUAUGUUGUGGUAUCGCGUUCCCUGAAAGUGGUUAUGCUUUCAAAUGUGUUCUAACUGAAAGAUUCUGUCUGGAAAAAAUUGCGGGCAACUUUGACGUUUGAUUUCAAAGUAAGUUUGGUUUCACCAAAGUUUCAGUUUUCUUUGGUUUGGGUUCACCAAUGUAUUUUGCCGUAAUUUGACUGCCUAAUUUUUCUUGUAAUUUGUUCGUGUUGUGCAGGAUAGGAACACAUUGUAGCAGAUGUUCGUCAGCUACGCACGAGGAUAGGAACACAUUGUAGCAGAUGUUCGUCAGCUGCGCAUACGCAUUUCUCCGUCAUUCCAUUUUUAUUAUGCAUGUUUCACUAAAUUGAACAUGUAGCUUGCAUGCCACACGUACGCACAGCGAGUCAUGCCAUGCACUCCACACUCAGCUUGCGCUGUCAACAUUGUAGCUCAUUUGGUUAUUUUUUCGCUGAGUGAACGCUACUUUUCUUCGCUAAUUAAACCUUAAACUUUCCUGAGCUGAUUAUAACCUAAAGCUAUAUUUCUUAGCUGAUUAUAACCUAUAACGUUAUUUUCUUGACUUUCAAGUUGAAGUUUGUUAUUUUGUUAUUUGGUGCGCAUUGGACGUGGAUGUUAGAUCUAUUGCGUUGACUUGACUCGGUGCUGUGUUGUUUAAUACCUAAAAUUGUACGCUGAGCACAAACUGUACACAAAUUAUUCUUUCGUUACUCUUAAGAGAUUUUUUGUCAUUCCGAGAUGUUCGACCAAACUUUUUUGAUGUAGAUAAUUUUCUUUACUUGUUUAUACUGCGAUCUAUUUUUCACGUGAAAUAUGUUUAACAAAAUCAACGCUGUAUAUGUCAAGUAACCUUGUCACGAUGAAUUAGUUUGUUCUCUGUACGAGUUUUCUUUCACCAGAGCUUGAAAUUCAACAUGGCCUUCUCUUUGUUCACAAUUAAUGGAUUCUGCCGUCGUUUGAUUUUGAUUUAACGGUGCCGUUUUCACAUGCUCAUUAUCGUUGUUAUGAUAUUCGUUAUGAUUAUAAAAGUUUUGUGCAAUGUUUCUGCAACAUUCUGUCUUUUUCUCAUCAUUAUUCGUAAUAGGUAUGCCCUGUGAUUUGCAAUAACAGCUGCUCCGCUCACGUUUAUUUCGGCCGCUGCAGCGUCAGGCAUUUCUUUAAUAUGUUGAGGUAGUCUCGAGUUCAGUUCGUGCCGUGGAUAAUCUGAAAUAAUAAUUGUUUGUAUGUUACUUCAAGUUCUGCAUGUCGUGUCAACGGUAAACAGUGAAGUGCUCCUUGUUAACUGUUGUUUCUCUCUUGACUAUUGCUACUUUGUUUGCUGCUGCACAAUUUUUUUCCGUUAUACUACUCACAAACGACACGUAAUUGGAAAAAGUUCUAUUCCUUUAUUGGUUCUCAUCAAGAUUUUUUAUUUUCUGGUAAUUUUUCAUGAUCUUCUGGGUUUAUUCAGUCACUGUGCACUCAAAAGCCACUGUUCGUUGUGGCAGGUAAGUGAUAUGAAGUUCACACCGGAAGCGUUUCCUCGCUAACCUAAAAUGUUGGAUGUUGAUGCAAUGCAUGUGGCUUUGAAGAAAAAAACGUUUCUUGUAUGAACUUUCAUUUUGCGUAUUUGUGUGCCGUUGGAAUGGCUCAUACAAACUACACAGACAUACGUUGCGGCUGGUAAUGCCACAUGGCCUCUGUUAUACAGCUUAUCUCUACUUGUAUGCCGUUGGAAUGGUUCAUACAAACUACACAGACAUAUGUUACGGCUGCUAAUGUCACAUGGCCUCCGUUAUACAGCUCAUUUCUAUUUGUAUGCCGUUGGAAUGGUUCAUACAAACUACACAGACAUACAUUGGGGCUGCUAAUGCAACAUGAGCUAUAGAGUCCGUCUCUCCACGCUCGUACUUUAUUUAAUGAGCGCCAAAUCAUGCACUUGUAAAGUCAGGCACAUGAAAGCCUUGCAAAUUCUUUCUAUUUGACGUGAAAGCAUUGCUCUGCACUUAGAAAGUCUUAGUACCCAAAAUGAGUCUUGUAUGAUAUUGUAUGUCGAACAAUCUUUCUAUUUGUUAAUCUUACUCUUCUAGCCGUUGAAGGUGUGGAGUCAUUUCUAUUUAUAUAUAAUAUAUAUGUAUGUAUGACGAGCUCUUAUAUAAUGUAGUAUAUUAUAUAUGGUGUACGAAUAAAGCCUGUCUCUGUCGUGUC